AGAAAGAAACAAUGAUUGGCCGAUUUUUAUAGAGCAACGGACCGAAUCCAAACCCCUCUUUCCAUACUGGUCAUCCAAAAGUCCAAAACAGACUGUUCACUGAAUCGGGAAAUGAAAUAAUAUCUUCAUCGUUCGAGGAAAGGAAGCUGUGUAAUGAAUGAAAUGGAGGAGAAACCAUUACCGCCACAUCGCUAACUCCUCCUGAGAUUCCUGAAUCGGUGUACGGUUUCAAGCGAAUGAUCUGCUGCUGUUUUUUGUGAGUGAAUUUGGUCUGCUUCGUGUAUUAGACUAGUGGAGAACAAAUGGGCUUUGCAUAUUGCCUUUCUCAGCCGUAUAUGGCACAUUGUAGCUGUGCUGUGGAUUUUCGAAUAUUCAAUCAACCAAUCAAAUUGAAAGAUUUUAAGAGUGUAUCGGCAGGAAGCUCGGGAGUUUUGUUUAGAAGUAUCCAGAAGAAGGGGUUAAAACGAAUCACUGCUAGCCGGGACCAAGGUGUAUUCAAUUCAAUGGUCUUAUUCAAUCAUCAUUUGUGCAAGUCCACUGCCGGUGGAAACAUUGUGUGUUUGAAGGAAAUCAAGGAAUACAGUGGAGCAAAAUUAUAUAGAUGCCAGGGAAAUGAUUCGAUAUCAUAUGUUAGUGGUCCUGUUGGGGAUUCCGAUUUCACUGAGAGUGCUAAUGAUGGAAACCUAAUCACUGACACUAACUCCAUUGUAGAAGAUAGCAGUUUGAGAGCGGAACACCAGGAGCACAAUGAAGAGGCAGAUGAACCUAGUUUGGAUGAUUUAAGGGAGCAGUUCCAGAAGGCCCUCAAGGAUUUGGAGAUUGCACGUAUUAAUAGAACCACAAUUGAAGAGAAAGCUCAGAGGAUAUCUGAGGCAUCAAUACUGCUGAAGGAAAAUGCAGUAAAUGCUCGCAAAGAUGUGAAUGAUGUUCUUAAUACUAUCCAAGAGACAGUAAAUGAAGAAACGACAGCUAAAGAAGCUGUGCAAAAGGCAACCAUGACACUUUCUUUGGCUGAGGCAAGGCUCCAGGUGGCAGUGGCAUCGAUGGAGAUCUCAAAUGAAAGUAACUUGCCCACGGAAACUUCUGGAGACAGCAAAGUGGAAGCAGAAGCUCCACUAGAAGAGGACAACGAACUGAUUUUGGCUGCUAACAAAGUGUAUGUAAGAGAGUGCCAAGACUGUUUGGCCAAUUGUAUUGCUGGAGUGAGGCAAUUACAGAACAAGAAGGAAGAGUUACAGAAAGAAGUUGAAAGGCUGAAUGAGGUAGCUGAGGAAGCAGAAAUGAAAGCUCUCAAGGCAGAGGAGGAUGUGGUAAACAUAAUGCUUUUAGCAGAGCAAGCUGUUGCAUUUGAACUCAAGGCUAUACAAAGUGCAAGUGAUGCAAAGAUUGCAUUACAGAAAGCAGAAAAGACCCUUGCGAUUUCAAGUUUUGAUUCCGCAGAAGCUACAAAUGAUCAGGUGUGUGUUGAGGUGGGUUCUCUUGAGAAUAAUGUGAAUGAGGGAAAUCGAACAGAUGCUGAAACACUAGGGGAGGUGUCAACUGAGGAUACUGAUGUAACUGCAGAACCAUUGCCAAACAACCAAUUUCAUAUAACUGGUCACAUGACUGACGAGGCACAGUUAUUGGAUGAUAGUGUAAAAGAAGACUGUGAAUUAGAUUCAGAUAAAUUAAAAAAUGUUCAAAGUAGUAAAAAAAAGGGAACACAGAAGGAGUCAGUCAGGGAUAACUCACUAUUAAAUGCUCCAAAAUCCUUACUGAAAAAGUCUUCCAGGUUCUUUUCUGCUUCUUUCUUCUCCUUUUCAGCAGAUGGUGAAAAAUUCACUCCGGCUUCAGUGUUUCAUGGUCUGGUGGAGUCAACAAGGAAAGAAUUGCCUAAAUUGGUUGUUGGCUCAUUGCUCUUGGGAGCUGGAUUUUCCUUCUAUAUCAACCGGGCUGAGCAAAUUGCUAAGCUAUUUCAGCAGCCAGACAUCAUUACUACUAGUAUUGAUGAGGUUUCAACAAACACAAAGCCCCUGGUUCGACAAAUAAAGAAACUGCCCUACAAAAUUAAAAAACUAAUCAACAAGCUUCCUCAUCAAGAGAUAAAUGAGGAGGAAGCAUCCCUUCUUGAUGUGAUCUGGCUACUGCUUGCUAGCGUUGUGUUUGUGCCUCUCUUCCAGAAAAUCCCUGGAGGAAGUCCUGUUCUCGGAUACCUGGCUGCUGGAAUCUUGAUUGGACCUCAUGGCCUUUCUAUUAUUCGUAAUGUACAUGGAACCAAGGCAAUAGCUGAAUUCGGAGUUGUCUUCUUGCUAUUUAAUAUUGGCCUUGAGCUUUCUGUGGAGAGGUUAAGUUCUAUGAAGAAGUAUGUUUUUGGUUUGGGCACUACUCAGGUGUUAGUGACAGCUGCAGUGGUUGGCUUGGUGACCCAUGUUGUCGCCGGACAGCAUGGUCCAGCAGCAAUUGUCAUUGGGAAUGGUCUUGCAUUGUCCUCCACUGCUGUUGUCCUCCAGGUGUUACAGGAACGUGGUGAAAGCACGUCACGGCAUGGACGAGCAACUUUUUCUGUACUACUCUUCCAGGAUUUGGCAGUGGUUGUUUUGCUUAUAUUGAUACCUCUAAUCUCACCAAAUUCAUCCAAAGGAGGGGUUGGUUUCCAAGCCAUAGCUGAAGCCCUUGGAUUGGCUGGUGUCAAAGCAAUUGUAGCUAUUACUGCAAUUAUUGCUGGUGGACGAUUGCUGCUUCGACCAAUAUAUAAACAAAUUGCAGAGAAUCAGAAUGCAGAAAUAUUUUCUGCUAAUACACUGCUUGUUAUUCUUGGUACCAGUCUCCUAACUGCAAGGGCUGGCCUGUCUAUGGCUUUGGGUGCCUUUUUGGCAGGUUUACUUCUGGCAGAGACUGAAUUUUCAUUGCAGGUUGAAUCAGAUAUCGCUCCAUACCGUGGCCUUUUGUUGGGUCUUUUUUUCAUGACGGUAUGUUCUUGCAUUUGCAUACACUUAACAGAUGCAUCCACAUAUUGAGAAUAUGAACGUAGCAGCUUGCACAUCAACAGAACCUUCGUGUCACAGCUCAUUUUAUGUGCCAUUUUGUCAAUGACAGUCUUAAAAACAAUAUUUUGGGGUGGAGGUGGUGAAAGAAUGUUUCAAAACAUAAUCCCAAUUUUUCUAUACAAUUAGAUAGAGCAUUCUUCACUGCUGUAGCCCCUCCAACAAUCUGAGAAAAAGAGUCUGUGGUUGGUUUC